CAACAACAUCAACAAGCAGUUAAAGCAGACAAAAGCAUCGGAGAAAUGUCCCUAGAACACUUGACACACAAGCUUAAGGAGUCAUUUGACUCGCACGAGUAUCAACAGGCUGUUCAGCUAUUGCCUAAGAUCCAAGUGCUGCUAUUGGAAAACUCGUUGUUGAUUCCCAACUUCUCCAAGUUGGAAGACUCUCAGUACCUGAGUGAUUUGCUGAUUUCACGCUCAAUCCUUGAGAUUGGAGCCCUCAGUGCGAUCAACUGUGAUGAGCUGGAUAAGUUUGAGCACUUGGUGUUACAAUUGUGGAGUUUCUACUUCAACCAGGUGAAUCAUCACCAGCUAUCGAAGAGUGGCAAGAAGAACAAGAUCUUGGCUCUUUACUUGCUACGUCUCUUGUCCAAGGGCGACGUUGUGAAGUUCCACAGCGAGUUGGAGUUCCUCCAAGGUCACAUAAAGAAUAUUGACUCAGAUCUGUACUUGAACUAUCCUAUAAAGAUUGAGAACUGGGUAUUGGAGGGGUACUACGAUAAGGCCAUUGAGUCCAUCAAGAACACGGAGUCGGAGGAGAAGCUGAAGCUGAAGGAGUUCAACGUGUUCAACAAUACGCUCUUAGAGACCAUCAGGUUUGAAAUCUCAAGAUCCAUGGAGAAGAGUUAUACCUCACUACCUCUCUCCAAUGCAAAGUAUCUACUGUUUCUAAACUCUGAAAAGGAGGUUGAAUCAUGGGCAGGCGAACAGGGCUGGGAUGUAGAACGUGGUGUAUUGCAAUUUGAAAAGCUACAAGCGUCAUCUUCUCUCUUCCAAGACAACAAUGAAGAAGAUGAGGAGGAUGAAAACAUUACACCGAGCGAAAGACUUGUCAAGAACACACUUAACUACGCUAAGGAGAUCGACUCCAUCAUUUAAGUCUAGAGAUAUAAACACUC